UCACAGGGGUCCUCCAACUGAUCAAUUUUUUCCAGAGGUUUUAUGUAGCAGACCAUACAGUAUCCAGCAGAAUGUUCUGACUUUCCUGCUGCUUUGCAAAUGACACCCCCCACAGGAAGAUAACGGAUAAGCCAGGAGGGAGGAGCAGUCAAGCUACACAUGUCUGGGUACUCUUAUCAACUUAUCAUAAAAGGAAAGGAAAGUGAUUGAUUCAGAUACUGUAAAAAAGGCUAAAAGACAAGCAGAAGAAAAACUAAAGCUUGUUUUUGAAACUAACACAUCUAGCAGUUGAGACGGGAUUGCUUUGCCUGCUCGCAUCUGACAGAUUAGGGAACGACUGGAGAGAAGACAGCACUUUUCAAGUUUGCAGCUAGGAUACCGAAAACUCAGCCCUUUUUCAGACUACUUUGCACAUGACAGCAGAGCACUGAAUUUCAGGGCAGGUUAACUCUAUAACCUGAGCUCUUGUUAAACAUAUUAAAGUAUUUUAGAUAUACUGGGUUACCAUAGGAAUUAAAAUGCGGCUGGCUGUUUACUGUAUUUUGAGCUGCAAUCUUUUCUUAGCUUCAGGGUAUACUUCCUUUCGUAAAAGCACAGAGACUGUAGGCAAAAAGCAGUAUCAGGUUCAGCAUGGGUCAUGCAGUUAUACCUUUCUUUUGCCUGAGAUGGACAACUGCCGCUCAUCUUCUAGCUCCUAUGUGUCGAAUGCAGUACAGAGGGAUGCGCCACUAGACUAUGAUGACUCAGUACAAAGACUGCAACUACUUGAAAACAUCAUGGAAAACAACACUCAGUGGCUAAUGAAGCUUGAGAAUUACAUCCAAGACAAUAUGAAGAAAGAAAUAGUAGAGAUCCAGCAAAACGCAGUGCAGAACCAGACUGCAGUAAUGAUUGAAAUAGGCACAAACCUAUUAAACCAAACAGCUGAACAGACCCGCAAAUUAACAGAUGUUGAAGCACAAGUGUUAAACCAGACAACAAGACUGGAACUUCAGCUUCUGGAACAUUCUCUCUCAACAAACAAGUUAGAAAGGCAGAUUUCAGAUCAGACCAAUGAGAUAACCAAAUUGCAAGAAAAAAACAGCCUUCUAGAAAAAAAAGUUCUUGAGAUGGAAGACAAGCACACACUUCAGCUACAGUCAGUAAAAGAAGAAAAAAAUCAACUUCAAGCAUUGGUAUCAAGACAAAAUUCUAUAAUAGAGGAACUAGAAAAGCAGUUAGUCACAGCCACAGUAAACAAUUCAGUUCUGCAAAAACAGCAACAUGAUCUGAUGGAGACUGUUCACAACUUGCUUACCAUGAUAUCUACACCAAACUCCAAAAGCAGCUUUGUGGCAAAAGAAGAACAAAUCAGUUUCAAAGACUGUGCUGAAGCAUUCAAAUCAGGACUUACAACAAGUGGAAUCUACACCUUAACGGUUCCUAAUACUUCAGAAGAGAAAAAGGCAUACUGUGACAUGGAAACCAGUGGAGGGGGGUGGACAAUUAUUCAGCGACGUGAGGAUGGAAGUGUAGACUUUCACCGGACAUGGAAAGAGUAUAAGAUGGGAUUUGGAGAUCCUGCUGGAGAGUACUGGCUUGGAAAUGAGUUUGUUUCUCAGCUGACUAAUCAGAAACACUAUGUUCUUAAAAUACACCUGAAAGACUGGGAAGGAAAUGAGGCAUAUUCAUUAUAUGACCAUUUUUAUCUAGCAAGUGAAGAACAAAAGUACAGGAUCCAACUUAAAGGACUUACUGGGACAGCAGGCAAAAUAAGCAGCAUAAGCCAACCAGGAAAUGAUUUUAGCACAAAGGAUGCAGACAAUGAUAAAUGUAUUUGCAAAUGUUCACAAAUGCUAACAGGAGGCUGGUGGUUUGAUGCAUGUGGUCCUUCCAACCUGAAUGGAAUGUAUUAUCCAUUGCGACAGAACACCAACAAGUUUAAUGGCAUUAAGUGGUACUACUGGAAAGGGUCAGGCUACUCUCUCAAAGCCACAACUAUGAUGAUCCGACCAGCAGAUUUCUAAAUGCUUUUGCAUUCUACAUGAAUUGUGUAUCAUAUAAUCUUCAAAGACUUCAUGUGCCAAACAUUUAAACACACAGCUGCAACUUCUCAAUUUUCCAGCCCAGAAAACAUGCAUUAAUGUUCUGAAGGAUCAAUUUGAUUCUGAUUCUUGAAUUGCAAUAGCCAUCAUCAGCUAAAGCUUACAUUAUUCAGCUAGACACAGCAAAGUCUAAAACAUGAAGUAAUCUGAUAUAAUAAUGAUUUGGCAGAACAACUGAU